AUGGCUCUUCCCCGUGUUCUCACGUGUCUCCUCAUCAUCGCCGGCGUGCUGCUCUCGUCGUCACUUCCCGGUGCAGAGGCGUUGAGCGAGGCGGCCAAGCAGCGCGCCGCAAAGGCGGGCCUCGCGUUUGUGAAGGCCGUCCUCACCAUGCUUUUCCCGCCGCCCACGCCCGCCGCCAAGUUCUACAGUGCGGACUUUUCGGAUCAGACCGUGGCAGGGACGUUCAGCAUCGCUGUCCCCUCCAAAUCCGCGACCAAGCCGUCGCAGUUCCGCCUGACCGCUGCAGGCUCGCCCUAUCCGCCGCAAGAAGUGACCCUGAACGCGAGAUCUCCUGUCGUGCUGGGCUCGCUCGGAAAGAACAUGCAGUGCUCGCAAGUCGCGCCAAGCGUGUGGGACUGCUUCGGCCAGACCAAACUGACUCAGGCCGACAUCAACAACAUCGGAUUCACGGCUGGCGUGGGGGUUCGCGUGAAUUCGUAUGCGUUGAGUCUUACAUACACAGACGCACGCAACAUGGGGCUCAUGGUCGACUCCAAUGCCAACCUCGCGGUAGCCAAGGCGAAUUCGAAAAUGGAGCAAGUGUUCGGUAAAACCGAUCUGCUGGCUGGGGUUGCCGCUGGAAGGUUCCAGGCAGCAAUUAACAGCGAGAAGCUCAAAGGAGGAGCCAUGUUUGCCGUCUCCAACAUCAACCGCAAGUGCAAGCUCGACGUGAGCAUCGUGGUGGUCUCCCCAGACGCCCCAAAGCCGUCAGCAACAAUCUCUGUCACCGACCCGGCUACUGCUGACACCACCGACCUUUCCCUGCCUUGCGCGUGGUCCCAGCCCCGCCCCGGCGUGUGGCUGUGCGAGUGGCUCGACAACUUCCCGAGCGUGUCGGGUGCUGCUGGCACUGCAAACGCUGCUUACGCGGCUGCUUCCAGCAUGCGUGCAGCGGCCCUGCCAGGCUCGGCAGUGGAUUCGGUGUUUAAGCUGACUGUGGAGUCAGAAGCGGGGGACACUGCUGAAGGCACGCUGCGUUACACUCUCUGA